ACCAAAAUUCAUUUUGUAAAAAAAAAAUGCUAGUUUGCUGGAUUUUCUUGCUCCUUGUGGCCCACAUUGCCAGUGCCAGUCGAAUUAUUGGUGGGCAAUUUGCUACACCCGGACAAUUUCCAUACCAGGUGUCUUUGCAGCUAAAAGGACGUCAUCAUUGUGGUGGUUCCUUAAUAUCGGAGAAUUUUAUAGUAACGGCUGCUCAUUGCACCAUGGGUCAGAGUCCAAGUCUAAUGAGGGUUGUGGUGGGCGCCACGGAUCUUGGCACGGCAGAAGGACAAAAUGUGGGCAUAUCACAAUUUAUCAUACAUCCCCAGUAUAAUCCACAAAAUCAGGACUAUGAUAUGUCGCUUAUCAAAUUGGCCCAAGCUGUUAGCCUGGGUUCAGCUACUGUGGACAAAAUCGAAUUGGCUUCUGCGGACUCGAAUUUCGCUGCCGACACCUUGGCCACCAUUAGUGGCUAUGGAGCCAUUAAUGGCAAUUUACAAUUGCCCAAUAGAUUGAAAUUUGCCCAGGUUCAAUUGUGGAGUCGUGACUAUUGUAAUCCCCAGAAUAUACCAGGUGUCACCGAUCGCAUGAUUUGUGCUGGCCAUCCCAGUGGCCAGGUAAGCUCUUGCCAAGGAGAUAGCGGCGGACCUUUGGUGGUGGAGAAUAAGUUGUUUGGUGUAGUCUCUUGGGGUUUCGGUUGUGGUGCCGAAGGCAAACCGGCCAUGUACACCUAUGUGGGAGCAUUGCGUUCUUGGAUUAAGGAAAAUUCAGGGGUUUAA